CCCCUCUGAAUCAACAACUGACACCCCCACUGAAUCAACCACUAACACCCCCACUGAAUCAACAACUGACACUCCCACUGAAUCAACAACUGACACCCCCACUGAAUCAACAACUGACACCCCCACUGAAUCAACAACUGACACCCCCACUGAAUCAACAACUGACACCCCCACUGAAUCAACAACUGAUACCCCCACUGAAUCAACAACUGACACCCCCACUGAAUCAACAACUGACACUCCCACUGAAUCAACAACUGAGACCCCCACUGAAUCAACAACUGACACUCCCAUGGAAUCAACCACUGACACUUCCAUGGAAUCAACCACUGACACCCCAAAUGAAUCAACCACUGAUACUCCCACUGGAUCAACCACUGACACCCCCGCUGAAUCAACCACUGACACCACCACUGACACCCCCACUGAAUCAACCACUGACACCUCCACCGACACAAGCCCCUCUGAGUCCUCCACCCCCUCCACUGAAACAAGCCCCACUGUUUCACCCACCUCAUCCACUGACACAAGCUCAAGUGUUACCUCCACUGAAAGAAGCACUGAAACACCCACCAACACCCCCACUGAAACAAGCAAAGAGACAACCACCAGUACUCCCUCCACAUCAACGACUCCAACGUCACCACCCGACACUACUACGCCUACUGAAACCACCUCGACGACCUCUACAACCUCGACCUCCCCUGAAACCACCACAACGCCUUCCUGGAUCAUUGGCUGUAGCGAUGAAUAUCUGGAACUUGCCGACCAAGGUCCCGUCAACCCGGCAGCAUCUGGUUGUGACAUUGCUAAUUUUGAGCGAUGUUUGAGAACAACUGAUGGAGAUCCUCAAUGCCAGUGUAUGUCGGGAUAUGAAAAGUCGUCCAUGGCUGAGGCUUCGGUUUGCAGAGAAAUUGAGAAGCACAACUCUUCCUUGGUCGUGGAGAAUAAACCUUGGGAAAACGAUUACUGCGAUAAUACAUCAGAUAUCUACAAAGCUCUCUUGGAAAGCGUUCAACAACUGUUUGAGAUCGCUGCUACUGAGAGCGGGGUGACAUCGUACCAGCGCUUCGAGGACAUGGAAGUGUUCCCAACUGAUGAACCAGAAAAGUGUGGGACCUCAUCGAGGGACAAUAACAUGAAAGCUGACAACCCUCUCAGCCUCAUGCCUAAGAAUAGAGCUAAAAGGCAAGCUUCUGAUGAUGAUGAGUUGACGGUGACGGGAAAGGUAGUGAUGCGUCGCACGGAGGACUACAACACUGACACGAACGAGGAGAUGAAGGACGCCGUGGUGGAGGCAGCCAAGAACCCAAACGUCACGGAUGCGCUCGGCCUCAAAGUGAAGCCGGACAGUGUAGCAGUAGAAGAGGUGGAGCAGAAAUUGUGUGGUGUGGACCUGACAUGCACUACCAACAGAGCAGUAUGUAAUUACACACUAGACGCUGAGUUAGGUGUAGAAAAACCUCAGUGCCAAUGUCUAUCCCAGUAUGACGACGUGUCCCCCAAUAACAAGACGUUCCCCGGUGAGGUCUGUGCCGAUCGAUGUACGCAAGAUUUUUGCUCCUAUGCUGGCACCUGUCUUCGUAAGGAGGUAGACUACAGCCUCUACUGCAGCUGCAAUGAUUGGCACGUCGGCGACAGCUGCUCCGUCAACAUGAGUGGAGUGUUGUUGGGAGGAGGAAUAACCGUUGGUGUCCUGGCCAUCGUUUUCUUCGCCAUAUUCAUCAGCUUCACGAAUAAACGACGGGAAAGCAGGAGGGAGAGCGUGAACGUGGAGCGGGACACCUCCACGCCACACAAUACGCCCAGGCCCCCGGCCAUAGUCGCACUGCCACGUGACCCGGAGGUACGCAUGGAGCAGGACGCGCCCGUGCACUACCCCAUGCCCCCCGCGCCCCCGCCCCGCCCCGCCAGACGACCGCCGCCCCCACACCCAAGAGGUCCGGCGAGGUCCAGCAGCCACAGGUUAUUAACGCGCUCGGACCCUCAUAACGCCUUGAGGGACCCCAGCAGCGACGUGUGGGUCGUGAGCCGAAGCAUCCCGCGCCCCCGCCUCUCCAUCUAGCCCGCAGAUAACGAGCCUCGGGAUGUAGUACGAGUGAAUGUCUGAUGAGGGAACUCACCCACUGUCGUCUCGAUAGAGAAGGCCUGACAGCUCAAAGUACGAGUCAUCAAGUAAGGCCGAGUGUGUCCCGCGCACUCCAACUAAAAAAAAUUCUUGUGUGUGUUUUAAUGCAUAUCUUUGAGAAAAAACAUUAUGUGAUAAAGAAAGGUUUUCCAACAUUAAUAUCUUAUAAACAUCAUCAAAUUAGACAUGAAAUAGAGGAAAAUUGAUAAGAUAUAGUAUAAGGAGAGGGAGAAACAUUCACACAAAAAUAUAUAAAUACAUUGACAGUCGUAACUGGGUACUGCUAUUAGUUUGAUUUGUCACCGUUUCUAAAUAUCUCUUUUUGCCAUUCAUAACGCUGUCGUUACAAUUACUAUAUUCAACAAGACAAUCCUCCAUCCCGAUACUAGGCAACUCAGUCACCUGCUAUCUGGCAACUACGAGUGUGGGGGCUGCUACAAUGCUCUUUCUAAAAUCUCCGUUCCUGGAAAGAAUUAUUUACUCGUAUAAUGGCCACAUGGAUUUCAAUGUUAACAUGGUAUAUUUUAUCGUUAUAUUUUUAAGAAGAUAUAAUCGUAUAAUAGCAAUGAAAUAGUUUACGUUUAUGAUAUAUGGCUUCGAAAUGUGAGACUGAGAUUCACCACUCAGCGGUGGUGCACUCUAUAGUACCUCUAUGUAACAUGUAGUUGUCAGAUAGCAGGUGACUGAGUUGCCUAUACUGUAAUAGUAUAGGGAUGGCGGAUCGGCUUGUUAAAUAUAGUAAUUGUAACGACAACGUUGUGGAUGUCCAAAAGAGAUAUUAAAAAACGGUGACAAAUCAAAAUAAUAGGAGUCUACCCAGUUACGACUGUCAAUGUAUUUAUAUAAUUUUAUGUGUGAAUAUUUCUCCCUCUCCUUAUACAAUAUCUUAUUUAUUUUCCUCUAUUUUAGGUCUAAUUUGAUGGUGUUUAUAAGAUACUGAUGUUGGAAAACCUUUAUUUAUCACAGAAAAAAUAUAUUUAACACAAAAAUAUGAAUUAAAACAAAAAAAAUAACAUUUUAGUUGGAGAGAGCGGGACACACUCGGCCUUUCUUGGAUAACUCACCGGCAAAGAAUCCAACAAGCUGUCAGGCCUUCUCUAUCGAGACGGCAAUGACUCACCGCCUUUGCUGCUCGCGUCAACGUCCUUCUUCCCCAUCAGCGGCGUCGUUAACACUGCCAAAUCAUCGUACCCACGUCAUUGUAUUUACCGUGAUUUUUGACACUUAACCUUGGCAAACUGACAUCAUUAAUUAACCAUUUUAACGAUAACUAUAAACGAAUCUAGUUAUUGAAGUAGAGGAGACAGUAUUAGGGUGGGAAAACGGUAAAUAAAUAAGGCGGAAUUCAACAAUCUGGCACCGUCACUGGGGUUGCCGCCUGCCAGAUGCUCCUUUGAUUUUCUUUAUUAACUCUGGCUUGUGCACCACUAACGAUUUAUAUGUAAUUUCUUAAACUUUAUGUCGAGUUCGGCAGUGAUUCCUUUUCUUAUUUUUCAGUAUGAAUUGUGUAUGAUCUCCAGAUGGGUUGUCUGCUGUCUGUUAUCUUGUUAGUUUUAGGAUAUGGAUAGAUUUAUUUUCGCUGCCAACCGUCGCUUAGAUGAACAGUGUAAUACAUCUUGUAAGUUAUUUUUAUAUUUAUUGAGAAAGAUCAUUCGUCUACCUGUAUUUUGGCAUUGAAUAAAGGACUACUUGUU